AUGUGUCUGAUGCGAGUUGUGCCGAAAGGAAGUCAAACCAUCCCUUGUCCAAUGUGUCGAUGCGAAACGCUUCUCCCUGAAAAUGGCGUCGCCGGAUUGAAGGAUAAUUUCUUCAUUCUCAAUUUAUCGGACGCGUUCACAUCACGGAAAGAAGAUAAUCAGAAUCGGAAAGCGUUCUGCACGGUAUGCCCGGGUUCCGGUCCAGCAGAAGCCACAUCUCGAUGUUUAGAAUGCGUAGAUUUCCUAUGCGAUGGCUGCGCAUCAACGCACGACCAUCGCAUCGCCAGAUUCACCCGUCGCCAUCGUGUGAUAUCAUUGACGGACAACGGCCAAACCGCCGCCAGUAAAAAUGUCAGAACGGAAGCUCCGUGUAGCAAACAUGAUACAGAAACACUCCGAUUCUUCUGCGAAACGUGCGAGGUUCCAAUUUGCCGUGAUUGUAUUCUGAUUGAACACAAAGAUCACACCCAUACAUACCUAAAAGAUGAAGUCACCAAAUACAAAAAUUUGAUUGAGAAUCUCAUGAGAGACGUAAAGGUGAAAGUCUCAUCUUUUCAAGAUGCAGUCGAUGACGUGGAAGAAGUGGAGGCUAAUUUAAUCGCAAAUAAAGGACAGACAGAGUACAUCAUCCAGAAAACUGUAGAAAGUGUUGUGGAAGCACUUAAGAAACAGGAAAAGGAGCUAGUUGUGAAGUUAGAAAGAAUAUGUAUGAGUAGACUAAAGCAGCUGGCAGCUCAUAAAGAUAGCCUGAAGUCAAGCCUAGAAAAUCUUACAGAUGGAUUUGACUUUACUGAGAAAGCUUUGGAGCAUGGCAGUGAUUUGGAAAUACUGUCAAUCAAAGACCAGGUUGUGGAUAGAUUGCAAGGUAUAUCAAAAAUAUCUCCGCAGAAGGACUUGACCCUAGAGAGACUGAGUCAGCUUUAUUUUAUACCCAAUGACGCAUUGACUGAUCCAGUUUCGUAUGCGUUAGGGGAGAUAAAAUAUGAAAAUCGUGAAAAUGGAACUACUUCAGAUAGCCAGCUGACGAUACAAGAAAUGACGAAGGAGCAGCAAGAACUUGAAAAGAAGCAAAUAGAGAGAAAAGCGGCCGAGAUGCGAAAGACAAAAUUGAUGUACGAACUGAAUGAUAGUACCCAUGAAGGUGGGGAGUUUGAUUGGCCGAGUGGUGUAGCAUCCACUGAAGACGGCGAGUAUGUGGUUAUUACAGACAGAGAUAAUGAUCGAAUUCAAAUCUAUAACAGAGACGGGAAAUUUGAAUGCAAAUUCGGUUCUCGUGGUAAACGUAAUGGUCAGUUUGAAUUGCCACUAGAUGUAGCGAUAAGUGAAGAAGACGAGCCAUGUGUUUACAUCACAGAUGAGUACAAUCAUCGUGUGCAGAAAUUCACAUUGUACGGCCGUUAUAUGUUUCACUUUGGAGAUAAUGGUACGUUAAAACAACCUUACGGCAUCGCUGUAGAUAACAAGAAAGGUAGAAUUGUCGUCACUGAUAUUGGUUGGCAUCGUGUCACCAUUCAUGAUCUUGAUGGCAAACUGAUUCAUAAGUUCGGAUCUCGUGGUGAUGAAAGCUGCAAGUUUAAUGAACCUCGCUAUGUUGCCAUGGACGACAACCGCAUUAUCAUAUCUGAUCACUGUAAUCACUGCGUUAAAAUCUUUGAUACUUCGGGCAAGUACAUUCACACAAUUGGAUCAUGUGGAACUGGCCGUGGGCAGUUCAUUGGUCCGACUGGUGUUUGUAUUGAUAACCGUGGUAAUAUUAUUGUUGCUGAUUGCGCUGAUCGUGUACAGCUUUUCUCACCAGAAGGAGAAUUUAUUCGCUUGAUUGUUAGCGAAGUUGAUGGGAUUAGCGGUCCAUUAGGAAUGGCCAUCACUCAAGAUGGUCUGUUGGUCGUCACCAAUCUUGGCACACAUAAAGUCAACACAUUUAAAUACUCAAACUAA